CGCGGGCUGCUCCGGCAGCAGCUAGAGGCGGAGCAGGCGGGCGGCGAGCAAGGACUGCCUUCCUUUCGCUCACUCCUUCUCCAGAAGCGCAGCCGCUGCCGCAAGGACCGAGCCGCCCGCCAGCCCGCCCCCUCCAGGGAGCGCUUCUCGCGCCAGGCUCCUCGGAGUCUUUUCCAAAAUGCCAUCUGGGGGGCUUUGAUGUGCAUCGCCUGCGCUUCCGUGAAUGAGAAGAACAUCGCGAUCCGAUAGAAGAAGCAGCAGCAGAAGGUGCUUUGAAAUAUCUAUAUAAAACGCACCAGUCAAGCCAAGAACAAGACCCACCCCCACCCCCAAACCCCGGAAAAGAAGCGUCAGCCUUCCUUUCUGGGGCGAGGGGAGAUGAUCAUGCUGAGCUGGAAUCAGUUCUCCACGUCGCGCCCUCUACUCUUCCUGGCCGCGCUCCUGGUGGUGGAGAGCUCCCAGCUAGACGGCACCAAGGUGAACUCUAUCAAGUCCACCCUAAUGGGCGAGACGCCGACGCAGGCGACCACCAACAGGUCGACCACCUUCCACCAAGGAUUGGCUCUCGGGAGCAGCAAGAAGGGCAAAAUCUUGGGCCAGGGGGGCAAGGGGCUGAAGCAUUAUCACCGGCAAGGCGAGGCUUACCCUUGCACCAAUGACAAGGAGUGUGAAGUUGGGAAAUACUGCCACAGUCCCCAUCAAGCGACGUCUGCCUGCAUGAUUUGUAGGAGGAAAAAGAAGCGUUGUCACAGAGACGGCAUGUGCUGCCCUGGGAACCGCUGCAACAAUGGUAUUUGUAUACCAGUAACUGAGAGCAUUCUUACUCCCCACAUCCCAGCCUUGGAAGUACCUCGCAACAAGAAAAAUAAUCAUUAUCCCACUAAGGACUUGGGAUGGCAGAAUCUUGGGAAAGGGCAGACCAAGCUGACACACACAAAGGGCCACGAAGGAGACUCCUGCUUAAGGUCUUCCGACUGCACUGAGGGCUUUUGUUGUGCUCGCCAUUUCUGGACCAAAAUUUGCAAGCCCGUCUUGCACCAGGGGGAAGUGUGCACCAAGCAACGCAAGAAGGGGUCCCACGGCUUGGAGAUUUUCCAGCGAUGUGACUGUGCCAAAGGGCUGUCAUGCAAAAUCUGGAAAGAUGCCACUUACUCUUCAAAAGCGAGGCUUCACGUGUGCCAGAAGAUCUGAUGGUGGACUGGGAGACUGUCAUUCACAGGCCGUGAAGAACUGGCAAAAUGUACACAUUGCAGCAUCGUAGAAUGCAAGGAUUGUAAAUAAGAAACAAAUUGCCAAAGUGUCCAUUGUCGUGGGAAGAAACAACACCCCAAACUGAAUUAUAUUUCUGCCCUGGAGGUGAAUACGGUGGCAGCUGGCCUUUGAUUUGUGACGUGGUGCCUCUCUGCCAAUGCUGCCAGACAUUUGUGGAAAAGCGCCGCGCCAAUGACAUUUGACAUUUAACUCAUGUUUGACGUAUGGCUUUGUGAAUUCUACACAUUGGUUGUGGUUAGGUCCCCCCCCCUUAUGAUUGUAAAAUAUUGCUAUAUGACAUAUUUACAACACAAAGCAGUGCUUUGCCAAAUGACUUUUCUAUCGGCACCUUCUUGGGUACUGAACAAAAAACCAUGUUAGUAAACUGAAGCUAUCAGAGGCCAAGGGGAAAAUUACCAUACAUGUCUUUAUCUGUUAACAUUACCCAUGAACAACCAAAGGCUGUCACCUGAAUGAGAAAUCUUCUCCUGCCAAACAAGGGCUACAUAUGGAAGACUGCAGUGCAAAUGGAAAAAUCUCACUCAUUUCACAAACACACACAACACACGUGCCUGGCAAAAUCUGCCUUGAACAGAGGUAAUAAAGCAGGCAUGAUGUUUUCAAUUUGCAUACUGUUAAGCAUUUGGACCACAACACCCAAAUAAUUUCAUCUUCAUAGCCAAUGGCUUCCUUUUGUCUCAGUUUACUGCUAGCACACAGGGGGCUAACAGAGAAAAAAGCAAAGUGUCCAUGAAUGCAUUCUGAGCAGAAUUGUAUGCUGAGCUGCUAGCUGUAAAUAGUGGGGAAUUGUGGGUUGUAUUGUGAACUAUUUUUCAGCUUUGCCUCUGGCGGAGGCAUCCAGCGUCCAUUGACUGUGUGUACUACUAAAUAACAGCAUCAUCAGGGCUUUCAGUACAGAUCUUCUGUGGUUUGGAGAACUUAAAAUGGAAGCAUCCUGUGCCAGCAGCAACAGGGGUGGAAUGAAAAGAAAACAAGAUGGACAUGGAGGCCCAAAGUGUGAUCAGCAAAUGACAUCACAUGAUACAAUAUAACAACUCAGACUUGCAAAUAUUUGGAAUGUGGAUAUUAUCACUUGCUACUGGAUUCCCAUUGACUGUAGUGGAUACCAGUGUUCACUAUCACUGCCACAGUAUUAAUGGACUGACAAAGAUGAAUGGUGACCUGUUCAGUCAUUCUACCACCACCCUUCUAACACUCUUGCAUUUUCUAUACUCACUUAUUUUUCAAAUGUGUUAUUUGUGUAAGCAUUGGAGCCUUGAAAAGGGGUAGGAUCACUCUCCAGGAAAUAUUGUUGAUUGGAGAAGAGAAUGGUAUUCCUUUUUUUAAAUGCUACUCAGAGGCGGGGUGUGUGUGUGUGUGUCUGUGUGUGUUAGACUGAGUUUUUCCUGCUACCACGUGCCAUUUGAAACAGCAGUGUGAUUGAUCGUAUCUAUGUGAAAAUGAAGUAUCUGAAGCAGUCUAAUGAAAAAGGGGUUCCCUGGCUAUCUCACUUUCCACAAGCCAUAUUUUCCUGGCUUCCCAUAGCCACCUUUUGACAAUGUGCCAUUAAAAUUAUGGUCUAUUUGUAACCAGUAUCGAAAUAUCUCUCAGUAAACGCAAGCCUUAUGCUACAUUUUCUUUAUCUCUAUUUUUUUUAAAAGUAACUCUCAUAUAUUUGUGAAUAAGGAGAAUGAUUUAUCAUGUCAUUAUCAAACCACAGGGUUGGAAGGUACCUAAAAUUAUCUAGGAGCAUGUGUCUACACUACAAAUAGAAACUGGGUUUGAACCAGUCCAUUUGCUGUGGCUUCUUCACUAACUGUCCUUUAGGGAGAGUGCUGAAAAUUAUUCUAAGAUUCUACUUUGAUGGACUUCAAAGAAAGCCAUGCCAAUGAAAUAGUUUUAAGAGCAUAGUGCAUAUAUAUCCUGGGUCCAGCCCUUUGACCUCAGGCCUUAGUAUCAAUACCACUGCACAAUAUUUGGGAUAAUGUACACUGUCUCAGGCAAGGGCAAGGAACCUGUGGCCUGCCUAGUGCUACUGGACUACCAAUGGCCAUCCUCCUUGACCCUUGGCCAUGCUGUCUGGGGCUGAUGGGUGUUGAAGCCCAGCAACAUUUGGAGGACCAGCGGCUUGGGGAGCAUACUGAGUGAGAAAACAGUGGUGGGAAAAUGGCAGACUGACCUCUCUCUUUCCAUGCACAACUUCAUUCGAAAAUUCAGCCUUCUGGUUCUGUUUUUCAUUGAAAAACAGCUAGGUCUUCAUUUCUAGCAUUUGUGUACAACAUGUAGUUUGCCUGUUGAUAGCAACCUAUCAGUAGCUAAGAACAGAAGCAAACUAACUAAGAUUAGGCCAGAGGGAUUAUGCCCAUGGUUAUAUCUUUCUAAAUAAUAAUAUUAUUUACAAAGGGCUAUGUAAACUCCAAAAAGCAAAGGCUUAAUUCUGUAUCUCACUGGGACUUAUUUUAAGGCUGAGUACAAGAAACUGUAAUUGGCUUACUUUAGUGGAGAGGUGGGAAACCUCUUCCACCUCUCUUACCAUUGUCUCUGUGCUGCCUAGGGGUAGAGAUCCCCAGUUUCCUCCCCACUGCACCACAUGGAGAACUACAGGUUUCUGCCACGGCUCUACGGCAAUGAAAACAAGACUAAGGCUGGAAAAAUGUACAGUUUCAAUAAGACAUUUUCAUUUCUGACCGCCCUUAAGGGAUGCAAGUGCGUAUCUGAAAUCCUUUUGCCUCUGUGAGACUACAGGAAGGAGUCGUGUCCCUCAGCGCAGCCAAAGUAAAGCUCCCACUCAUUUAAGCGUUAUCUGAUGGCUUCUGCAUGCCCUUCUCAUAAUUCUCCUGCAAGAACUAGCAUUUGAAGUAAUUUAUUUACAGGAAAUGUUUAAUGAGAUGUAUUUUCUUAUAGAAGAUAUUUCGUACAGAAAGCUUUUUGCAGCAAACUAUACUUGCAACUUGUCGACUUUGUAAUUUAGAAAGAAAUGUAUAAAAAGAUUAAAUAUAUUAAAAUGUC